CUUGGCAAGAUGCCGUUAUUUUAUACCCUUGUACGCGACUAUGAUUACGAAAAUUUUGAGAUGUAAGAUCGGCUAUCGAGGGCAGCGGCGUGGCGGCGGAAGGCACUGUGUUGCGGCCUUUUCUCCGUCCAGAAUUUGCUCAGAGAACUUUCUAAUCGACCUUUGAAUUUUCGUCUGGAUUUACUUUCACUUCUCAAUUCCGCUUCUCUGCUAAGCACUCAUUUGAUUUUCGAGUUUCUCAAGCGAUUAAUCCUAAGCCUCUAAAACCCUAACUAGCAAUAAUGGAUGCAUCGCCCCCCGACAAUGCCGUCGACUACUCACCUUCUUCAACCGUUAUCGAAUUCGACCGCCCCGUUCCUUUACUUCGGGGACCAUUACUGGCGGGUCCCUCCGUCGAGCCGUCGGCUGGACCGUACGUGCUCGCCUUUAGGGAUUCGCGCGCGUGGGCGUCUUCGUUCGUUGCCUGUGAGCGCAAAAUUGUUGAGCAGUGCGAGGAGGGGGCGAGGAUCGGAUGCGCCGUGAGCGCUUCCAGGAACUGUAAGCCUACGUGGUGGAAGGCUCUGGCGGGCCUCACACUUCACGAUCUGAAGGAACGGGAGGAGUGCGAAGUGCGGGAGAUGGCGGAUUGUUUCGCCGUGGCUAAGGAGAAAUGUGCUGGCUUUGCCAGGGAGAAGUGUUUGGUUCCCUUUAGGGAUGCGAGGAUUAGGGUUGCGAAAGGGGUUUUGAGUCCCAAGGGUGUUGGCAAGUUGAUUGGUUGGGGAUCGAUGCCUGUGAGUGGGAGGAGCACGUGGUUGAUGAAUCAAAUGGGUCUGAUUAGUGGUGAUUUGGGAAUAACGAAUUGCAAGGCUAGCGAGUUGCUGGGAUUUGAUGAUUAUGUGCAAUGCAUUUUGGGUGAACGAGAACAAGGCACCGAAAACUAAUUUUGUCCUCUGAUACCGGAGGUAGAGUUUUGAAACCCAAAUACUUGUGUUUAUAUUUCUGGGUUCUGGACUAGACAGUUGGUCUGUCAGGUAGACUAAAGUAGUUCCUAUGCAAAGUUUAUUGGUUAAAGAGGGCAGUAGAGGACGAAUUUUAUUUAUAGUUCCCUGGUUUCUUUUAGUGUUAUACUCCAAUUAGAAUUGGAAUAUUUCAUGCGUAUUUCAUGGCUAGUUUAUGUUGGCUUUAAUACAAACCUUUAAUAAAUGGAUUACAGAGGUGAAAUUUCACUUGAUUAGAGAACACUACGAAGAAAACCUGAACUACAUCUAAGUUUUAUCCUUCAAGAAAUCUCUCCUUUGAACUGGGUGGACGUGUUGUGCAUAGCUAUGUUUGGUCUAGUAUACGAGAUACGAUGGAAUUUUGUAUUCAUACGUUUAGGCUGUCAGUCUCAAGGAAAAUUGGAAACAUAAGAAUCUAGGGUCUCCAUACUUGGGUGUUCUUUGUUGAAUCUUAUACUUUGAUGUGAAAAUUUUGUAUGGACCAUCAUUGUUUGUACUAGGAGAAAGGAGGAACGUUCUGCCUAUAUGCAUUUUUAAAAAAUAAGUGGAUGGUUUUCAGAAUGUGGAUAAAGAUAUGACUGGUGUAUAGAAACUGUAUUAACAGACGACUAUCCACCAUUUUUUAGCAUUGGUAUGUUAUGCCUGCUUGAAAAUGUCAGCUGUGUUGGUGGAGACUGGAGUGUUUUGAUGCUGCACACAAUAAAUAUAUAAUAACAUAAUGUUGAUUGUGCAUAACUUUAAAUAAUUGUUGUCUCGAAGAAUAAUUUUGAAAAGCCGGUGGCAUAACAGUAACUCAUUCCUUCUUUGUUUGGUGCAGAGGUUAUAAAAAAUGUCAUCUCAUAACGAAUCAAGUAUCCAGGUUUUACUUGACUCUAACUUUUGAAUUAUGUUCUGAUUGUCAUUUUUAUUAGUAAGUUACAACAUUUUUAUUAGUAGGUUAGAAAGGGUUCAGACUUGUGUAGUUGCAUGGCAUGAUAGCAUAAAAAAUAACUGCAGUUACUGCAGUCCGAUGUAUAUGAACGUAUCAUAAGGUAAAAUAAUUUGAGGGGUUGUGCUGGA